UUAGCCAAGAGAGCUGCGUAAUCAUAUUGCGGCGUUGGUGGUUUUUUUUUUUUCCCCUUUGCUGCAGCAGCUGCUUACGGAGCACCGUCCGCCGCCGCUGCCACAGUCCGGCCGCCACUCCUGGCUCCGCCUGUGCUCCAGCUGCCAACGCUGCUGAUAUUUCGGUGAGUCGUUUUCCUGUGGCGAUCAGCUCUCAUCUCAGUGGUAGCCAGCCACCUUGGGCGUGUGUAUUCCUUUGAAAAAUGGCCGAGUCAGCGGACCGCAAGGAACUGUCAGAGUCCAACCAAGAAGAGGUUGAUAAUCAAAUAAUGAUGGAGGGAUCUGGGGAACAUCAGGAGCCAGGUAAAGAUGCCGCGGCUGGGCCUGGAGAUGGGGAGCUAGUGGAAGCUGCCGCUGGGCUCAGAGAAGAGGCAAAAGGUGAAGAUGCUGCUGCCAGGUCAGCGGAGGGGAAACGUGGGGAUUCUGAGGAGGAGUCAGAAGCAGACCGUCCAAAGGGACUAAUCGGCUAUCUGUUGGAUACGGACUUUGUUGAAAGUCUACCUGUGAAAGUUAAGUACCGUGUGUUGGCCCUUAAAAAGCUUCAAACUAGAGCAGCGAAUUUGGAAUCUAAAUUCCUUAGAGAAUUUCAUGACAUUGAAAGAAAGUUUGCUGAGAUGUAUCAACCCUUACUGGAAAAAAGACGUCAGAUCAUCAAUGCUAUCUAUGAACCCACGGAAGAGGAAUGUGAAUGUAAAUUAGACCCUGAGGACGAUGAUGAUGAGGAAAUGGAUGAUGAGGAAGAAAUAUAUGGUAAUGAGGAGAGUGUGGUCCAUGAAUAUGUGGAUGAGGAUGAUGGUUAUGAGGACUAUUAUUAUGAUUAUGCUGUUGAGGAGGAGGAGGAGGAGGAAGAGGAGGAGGAGGAGGACACUGAUGCUACAGGAGGAGAAGAGAAUAAAGAAGAGGAUCCUAAGGGAAUUCCUGAUUUCUGGCUGACUGUUUUAAAAAACGUUGACACGCUCACUCCUCUGAUUAAGAAAUACGAUGAGCCUAUUCUGAAGCUGCUGACAGAUAUUAAAGUGAAGCUUUCAGAGCCUGGUGAACCUCUCAGUUUCACACUAGAAUUUCACUUUAAACCCAAUGAGUAUUUCAAAAAUGAGCUGUUGACUAAGACCUAUGUGCUAAAAUCAAGGCUGGCCUAUUAUGAUCCCCAUCCUUAUAGGGGAACUGCAAUUGAAUAUUCCACAGGCUGCGAGAUAGAUUGGAAUGAAGGAAAGAAUGUCACAUUGAAAACCAUCAAGAAGAAACAGAAACAUCGGAUCUGGGGAACAAUCCGAACUGUGACUGAAGAUUUCCCCAAGGAUUCAUUCUUCAAUUUCUUUUCUCCUCAUGGACUCAACUUAAAUGGAGAUGGAAAUGAUGAUUUUUUACUUGGUCACAAUUUGCGUACUUACAUAAUACCAAGAUCAGUAUUGUUUUUCUCAGGUGAUGCACUGGAAUCUCAACAGGAGGGGGUGGUAAGGGAAGUUAAUGAUGCAAUUUAUGACAAAAUUAUUUAUGAUAAUUGGAUGGCUGCAAUUGAGGAGGUUAAAGCCUGUUGCAAAAAUCUUGAGGCAUUAGUAGAAGACAUUGAUCGCUAAAGCAGAGUAUAUAUGGUCCUGAGAUUUACUGCACUAAAUCUAGUCACCUAAGAUAUAAGAAGUUAAUUAUAGUCUUGUGUUCUGUAUUUUUCUUGUAGUGUCAGUUAAAACAUGUCUCAGAAAUAGAAGAAAAGUUCAAAUAUUAAUUUAUUUGAUCUUGUAUUUUAGUAGUAGGAUGUUUUCAAGAAAUGUAGACUGAGGUAAAUGACUUGACAUCAAUAUAUCCUGUAACUAUUAAUCUGUGGCUGUGAAUGUUACUGGAAAUGCUAAAUUAAACCAAAUUUUAUUUGUUUUGAAAGAAAAAACUUGGAAACCAACCUAAGUGUUUUUACCCUUGUUGUUUUUGUAUUUUUUCCUUAGUCAUUUGGCUAGUGGGUUUAAUUUUGUUAUGCCUGCUUCAUUUUACAAUAGAAAUGCAGUAGAACUUAAAAAUUGAAAGCUUAAGAGGCCUGCAUAGAAUUAAGAACUUCAGGCAAAACCACACUUACUGUUAAUAACAGCUUAUUUAUAGGUCCUUAUAUUUUGUGUGACUGUGAUAAAUAAUAAAACUUUC